AUGGCACGUGAGAAGAGGACGAAGAAGGAGUCGCUCAAGAAGCGCGAGUCGAAAGGCGCCCCGACGGGGGGAGACAGCGCCAGGGCAACUCCCGACCCAAAGCAGCUCUUGAAGCCGACGAAUGCGCCGCCAGCGGAAGUGUCGCCGGCGCGGUACAAGCUUCCACCUCCGAAACCUGGCGAUUUCGAGGUAGCGAAAGGGCCUAUUUUCACCACUCACCAUGACGUACAGGGUCCUGAAGGGGAGACUAUCGAAUUCUUCGAGACAACCGAGCAUGUCUACAACAAGAAGAACUUUGUCUACACACACUGCAUAGCAGAUCCCGCCUUUCCGUCCUCCUUCUUCUACCGCCUUACCGAACCCGAGCCUCAUGGGCCUCACAUGAGCUUUGAAGAUGCCGCAACGCACAUGUUUUUCGACAGGUCCGGCACUCACAUCACGACGGACAAGGGAUUCAGAAUGGCGAGAGCGAAUGUGGCGGUGAGGGAAGGCCGUUGGUACUGGGAGUGCAAAAUCACGCGAGGUACCUUGAAGGAGAAGCCCGCCGCGGGACAGCCUGAGUCGCACGGCCAUGUGCGCGUGGGCUUUGCCCGGAGAGAGGCUUCACUAGAUGCUCCUGUGGGGUUUGAUGCCUAUAGCUACGGCAUUCGUGACGUACAAGGGCAGAAAGUGCACAUGUCACGGCCAAAGGACUUUUUUCCUCCGGGAGAGGACAUCAAGGAGGGCGAUGUUAUAGGUCUGGAAAUUCAGCUGCCUUCUGAGCAUCUACACCGAAAGGUGGUACAGGGGUAUUACAACCCUGCUGUUGACCUGGCGGACGAUGAACCCGAACCAUCAGCGGAAGCCCCCAACAUUGUUCGCGACCGGAUACCAAUUCGAUUCAAAGCACAUAUCUAUUUCGAAAAGUUCGAUUACCACACUACUAAGGAGCUGGACGACUUGAUGAAUCCAUCUCCCAUGUCCACCUCGGGAGCAGGCACAGGGAACUCGGAAGGCCCCAAUCCGAACCACCCUUCUCCGUGUAUGCGAACAUUACCGAACUCUUGGAUCAAGGUCUAUAAGAAUGGUGUGUCAAUGGGGACUGCUUUCACAAAUCUUCUCGCAUUCCUACCACCCGCCUCAAAACCAGCACCGCAGCAAGACGCCCGUGAGGGCCUCGACGACGGAAUGCUAGGUUACUAUCCCGCUGUAAGCACAUUCAGGGGCGGAGCAGCAGAGGUGAACUUCGGGCCAAAGUUUUGGUACCCGCCUCCAGGAUAUGAAGGGGUCGAAGAGGACACCGUCAUGGAAGGUCAGGAGAAAGCUAUCAAUGGCGGCGGACCAAACCCUGAAAAGGGCCAGCCUCGCCCCGUGGCCGAGCGCUAUGACGAGCAGAUCGUGGAGGAUGUCGUGUACGAUAUUAUUGAUGAAGCCGACUUCUGGAUGAAGGACGGUGGUAGAGUCAUCGACCGGACACGCCAGAAUGAGAAGGUGGAGGCUGUUGGAAUGACAGCCGGUCGCGAAGAGAUAAAGGAGCUGGUGCAAGACGAUUGA